AUGGACAUCGUGCCGUUCUCAACGGCCGCGGGCAACAACGGUGACGGUGGUAUUGGUGGUAGACAGGAGCAGGAAGCGAACCAGUACUUCUUGCAUUUGUUGCAGGAGAAUACUCAGGUGAACUUGUUCCUGAAUGACCCCCGCAUUCAAAGUGCCUUGGAGCUUCGCGCGGAACAACGACAUCGAUUUGCAUUGGACAACGUGUACGCCGAAGCCAACGCAUACAUUGCACACCUAGAGGCAACAGCGGAUGCGAAUCAUCGUCAACAGCUAGCAUUUGUGGGUCAAUCCACACACCUGUUGGUGGGACAGCUACACAAUGAAGUACGAGUGCUAGAGACAAUCGCCCGAGCAGAACGACAAUCAGCCAAUGAGCUGCAGGCACAGCUGGCACGCGCACAAAGGGAAAGUCAUGAUGAAAGGUCUAUGGCCAUGCAGUUUGAUGCACAUCGGUCCGAGCUGGAAGCAGCAGCGCGCACGCUCACUGCGGAAAACAGACAGCAUGAACGCCGUUUCGCGGAAUUGCGCUCGAGUAUCGAAGAAAACCACAGUGAGAUGAUUGCCUUUUUAGGGUCUGAGUUUGAGGAAAAGCUUCAAUGGGAAGAAAACGAGUACUACCAUAGGCUAACCUCUGAGGCACAGCAGUACGAUAGCUUGGUUGAUGACCUGCAGGACAGGAACGCGGAGCUUAUAGCUGAGGUCGACUCACUCAGGACUGUCUUGUCGACAGCGGAGAGUAGCCCACCGCAAGGUGGUGCCGUGCCGGUGAAAGUCGAUCCCAGUGAGAGCUCCAAGCUUCAACCAAGCCCACCGCAAGGUGGUGCCGCAGCGCCGCUUGUUCAGGGUCCUAGCCAUUCAUGGAUUCCGACCCUUCCGAACCCCAGGGAGAUCCCUGUGUCGCUUCGGACGGUUUUGGGAAGGACCCAACGGUAUGACAUUGGCGAGCCUGAGGAUUCCAAGGCCCACAAUGUAGCGGUAUCUGCUGCUGAACAGAGUGAUAAGUGCCCAUACAAGCACGUGAAGCCUACUCCUGAACAGACAAGGGGCAGAACACCUCCACGUACCCCUUCGAGAAAAGGUGGAGGUAAAGGCGGUAAAGGUGGGGAGAAGAAGGAUACCUCCAAGAUUCCUUGCAUCUUUUUCCCCAAAGGCACCUGCAAGAACGGUAAGAAUUGCCCAUUCAUGCACAAGGAUGCCGCUCCCUCUGUCCCGGCCAAAGGCGAUAAGGCUGGCAAGGACGGGAAGAGAUCGCCCUCCGGCAAGCGCAGGCGACCCAGUAAGAAAAGGCCAAAGAGUGAGGACAAGCCAGCCGCUUGCUGUCUUUCCCUCACAGCCACCCUCACGGGUGAGCCACCGGCCGAUGCUGUGAAAGCCUACGCAGUAGCAGCCCGCAAGGGCCCUGCCGGAAAGCCCCGAAGCAGAAAGGUCCAGUUCCUAAGGCCAGAAAUCAUUGACAUCCCGCCUGAAGGUGAAGGCUGGAGCUUCGUACCAGACAAGCACAAGUUCGAAUUUAGGUACAAGUCUGCGGAGCUAUGCCCACCAUCAAUUCCAGAGGACACCGAAGAAGCUUUGCAGAAUGCCCGUCACUUGGAAUCAGCAGUGAACGGGAUGAAGCUUAAGGUUCGGCAAGGUUGCACCGACCUCUGUCAAGUCUGGUUCGGGUUUUCGGUAAACAGCUGCUCGCAAGGGCACGCCGCACCAGCUAGGGGAGAGCACGAACAUGAACCUGAAGGUCCAGCUGGCGCGGCAGAAGAUCCCAUCGAAAAGAUGGCGAAUUGCAUUCCUCCCAUUCCUGGGGUGGAAACGAGGCAACUGCUAAAGGCAGGUUGGACUGUCAUCAACGGCAGCCCCGCUGCUAAGGUGGCACAUUUCCCAAAGACGCUUCGAACACCGGCUCCUAAGUUCCCAAGGUAUAGAAUCCGGACUACUUGGGGAUUCAAGGAUGACGUGUGGUCUUUGUUGGAGGAUUCAGUCAACAUUGACGAAUUGGACGGAAUCUAUGGGGAAGUACCUGAAGGGACUAUUGCGACUAUCACAUUGUUUGCUUUGCCUGAAGGGGAAGUUGAGGCGCAAGCCGACAGCGAUGUCGAGCCAUACACAAUGCCAAAGUCUAAGAAGGAUGAAGCUUCCUUGAGGGCUGAGGCUGAACAACUUAGCGAAGACCUGGAUGAAAUGUUCCCAGAGCUAUUUGGUCCUGAUCGUGAUAAAGAUCCUCCGCCGAAGGACGCGAAAGAAGCCACCCGCAAGGGUGAGUCAAAGUCUGAUUCCCGUGCAGCAUUGCUUGAUGAUGUUCCGUUCUCUGUGAAGCAGAAGCUGAAGUCCAGCGCAGCAGUAGCAGCGCAAGAACCACCGUAUGGUUAUACGUGGAGUGGGGAAUGUUUGGUCAAGAAGAACAACAAGAACCGCCCUAACGCUAUUGAUCAUACUGCAUGGAAGGCUAUGUCGAAAAGACAAAGAGCAACAGCAAUUGCAGAACAUGAGAAGAAGCUACAUGAGGAGAAUGAGGCACUGUAUCGUGAAGCUGUAAAGGUGGAUUGGUGGGACGGCGAAACCUACUUCGACCUCGCAGGCCGGGAACAGUCUGAUUUCGAGCUGGCAGUUGCAGCUGCCCGCAAGGGCAAGCCGGUUCGUAACAAGUCUGAGGCUAAAAAGGAGGCGAAGCAGAGCAAGUUUGUUACCUUGUCGCAAGACGUCAAAGAGAAGCCCGGUGCAAUGACCAAGCCAGUCACUCGCAUCACGUACGAUAUGAAGGACUUUCUCGACUCUUGCGUUGAUCGGUACUGCGAGCUUGCUAAGGUAGAGCGUAAGACCCUGAAACCAGCUGCAACCCCCUUCCAUGAGCUACGUGUGGCUUUGCCAACAGCUUCCGAAGGAGAGAAGGUUGGGCAUUUCAAGCUACUGAAUGUUGGCACAGCCGAACAAGUGGCGGAUGUGUUCACGAAGCCUUUCACUGAAAAGAACAAGUGGACGCAUGCCUUGAAGCUUAUUGGACAUACAACCAGCGCGAACGUAGCCGGGUGCAAACCCGAGUCGAAGGUCGAGGUUGACAACAAGGUUUCGGUAGCAGCAGCUCCGGAUGCAUCAAAGGUUGUCGAGGACUUCGCUCAACAAUCGUUCGAGGCUAACGAUUACAGCUUCAAGACCUUCGAGAAGCUAGCUGGGCUUAUUCGUACCAAUCUCAAGGCAUCAUUGGCAAAACCGCGAUCGUUUAUGGCUUCUGAGAACCUAUCCAAAUACUUGGUGUUCGGCGCUUGGGUCCAUGGUGGGUGCUUUGGUAUUACCAACCGCGCAAAACAUUACCCAUGGAUUUGCAGGUACGUGAAUGGAUUUGUUAAGCAAUCAUCCCCGAAAGGGUUUACAUGGACUUCGUUCGUGUUCAACUUCAAUGGCAAGGCCCGCAUCCACACGGAUAAGUACAAUCAGAAAGAAUCGUACAACCUGACGUUCUCCUUCGGUAACUAUACAGGGGGGACACUGUGGAUUGAGGGCGCGAGCCAGUUGGGACCACCGGGAAUAUACACAGAUGAUCAUGGCAAAGACCACAAAGGCUACAAUUGCAACACAUACCGCAAGCCUACUCUGUUGCAUCCAUCGACAAAACAUGGUGUACAACCCUACACUGGCGAACGACAUUCCUUCAUCGCCUACUCUUCAGGGGGGUACCAGAAGUUCAACAAAAAGCAAAAGCAAUUCCUACAUCAAUCACAGUUCCUCUUGCCUACGGCUCAGUUGAAGCUCCCAGCUCAGAAGGCAAUGGUUUGUUUGAGGUGUGUUGGUUCCCCUCUCGAUGAGGGGGGUAGGCUUAACAAACCGUGUUCUCGUUUCGAAAAUGAUUCGUUUGCACACACAUCGCUCGAGUGCACAAACACACAACAAACUGCAAGCCUUGACCAUGAAAUCUUGGCUUUCUUUAUGUGCACGCCUGCCAUUGCAAUUUCAGCUGGUUCUGAUCUUCUCGACUUGCCGGAAGCGACUUCUACGAUCCCCAAGAUGGCAGCCAUCGUUGUGAGCGACGAGUUCUGCAGGGUCAACACCUCCGAAGCAGACAGGAAUGGAGUUACCAAGGCCAUGAAAACCAUUCUCCAAUCCGCCGCCCUCAACAACGAUAUCAUUUCGCUCGGCGCCGAUCAUGAGAGCCAGCUCUUGGAGUCGGCGUACAGCUGCGUAUCCACACAAUGCGCGGCUGGGGUAUCCUUGACCCAUGCCGACGCAACCUGUGUGGCUCUGCGCCAGAUGGCUGACCUCAGUGACGAGGGACUCGCCAAGUUGAAGCCAACCGCAAGGUUGAGCCCCAAGGCCAAGCGAGCCAUCAUAGUCGUGUCAGACAGCUCCACUGCACUCUGCAAAAAGAACAGGCGGGGAGUGUUCGUCAAGGCCGACUUGGAUGCGGAAGUGAACAUCGCAAGCUGGACGCUGGGAUGGGCACAGACUCGCUACACCAUGUGUUGGGGUAAAACCUUGGCGUGGGUUGUCUGGCAGGUCGAGGAGCAUGUGAAGGAGCUCCGGAGCAACUAUCCGGAGCACACCAUCGACGUGAUCUGCUGGUGGUGCGGGAACGAGAUCUCCGGCCAGUGGGGCUGCAUCCCCACGCGGCUAGGACCGGGACUCGCCUACAGAGAUCCCAAUGUCACAACGGAGACCGUCGCACGGAAAGUGAGAAGGGCAGCGGAUGUUUUAGCCGCCCUCGCGGGCGAGCCGGACAUUGGUUUUGUGAAGGUGAUUGGGCAGGUGGAGGCGGACUUGUUCCAGCUCCACUCAGCCUACAACGACUUCAAUGCCGCUAUGUUCGAAGAGUUCAGGCAGCGCGGUCUGCAAGUGCAAACCGCGAGCUCCUUGGUCGAAAAGCUGGAAAUGUAUGACAGCUUUCACGCCAGUGAAGACCCUCGCAACCGCGAGUUAUUCCAGACCUACUUGCAUGCGACUUUCAAUGCAAGCAGGAGCGAAUGGCUUGCCCAGAAGAUGGCACCCUGUGUCAGGGCUUUGCUUGUUCGCUAUGAGCACUUUGAGACUGGCUCCGGCGCCAACAAUCCAGUGCUCGAGGAUGUCUUCAAGCAGUGGCGUGCGGAGAAGGACCAGCUGAUGAACCCGAAACAGGCAAAGCCAAUGCCGGUCACCCAGGAGGACAAGAUGUGGGAAGCCCCAGAUGCCGCUGACGCAACCGACGUCACUAAGAUCUCCGAGGGGCCACCCAUGGAUAAAGCCAUCCGCAAGGAUGUGCCAAGGAUCGGUGCAACCACUGAUGUCAGUGCUGUUGCGGAGUGCGUCAAUGACAUUGUCACCCAGGACGCAGACGGUAAGGUGUCCUACAACACCCCGGGCACGGUGGAACUGGUGGAUGAGGGCGACCAAGUCGACCCCAUCCCCUCAUCGAUUGGACGUGUUGUUGAGCCAGCGCCUCCAAAGAAGACUAAGAAGUCUGACCGAGACGAGGACGCCAUGCGAAGGCUCAUGUUCAUUGAUGAAAGCGCCCCGCAAGGGGCUGCCACUGUGCCAGAGCUUCCGAAUGAGUACUUCUACAACGGCAAGAAGCACUUGAUGAAGCCCUUUAACCCGGAGGACAUUGUGGGAGACAGGCACGUGACAUUCAAACACGGUGACCUGAAGUUCCUCACCAAGCUGCUGCGUGGCCAUGAAAUGGACGACUUCCCUGCAUUGAUCUUUGACCGUGGGUGCUGGGCAGACGUUGACACUCUGCUCCAGGUCUUCAACACGGCACGGAACGCACGCUGGGGUGUGAGGCAGCUGCUACGCGCAGCGAAAGCCGAUAACAAGGGACGGAUCAGACUUUUGGGCAUUGAUGUCCCCAUGAAGGACACCCUGGGUCAGCCGCUAUUCCCUGUCCGGGUGAGGAUGGCCCAAGGGCACAACUCCAAGCUCAUCGGCAAUAACCCGGACGCGGACUUCUUCCUCGCGACCAGGUUCUACAGCGGAUUGUCCGAGUACGAGGCCGACCUACAGAGCAGCGUCAGGGGGGUCACUGUGCUCUCCCGCGAGGAUACCCCCCCGAAGCUCUUCCACCGCACGAAUGAAAAGGGAAUGAAGGGGAUCCUCCGCGAUGGUAUGAUCGCCGGCUCCGCGAGGUCAGACAGGUCCCACAACUACCUGUCCCCGUACAAGUUGGACGACACCCACUACAAGAGUGGAAUGCGCUCCAACCAGCCGAUCGAGCUGACGAUAGACACGCAGCGAGCAAUCGCCGCUGGAUGCGUUUUCUUCGUCACGGAGACCGACGGCGUCCUCACACGGGACAAUGUGCCUCCCGAUUGCGUGCUGUCCGCCAUCGACACCAGCAACAAGAACCUUCCGCUCUAUGUCGCCGAGCACAAAGAAGCCGCCCGCGAGGGUGAGCCAGAGCGCAUUUUCCGCGCCAAGCGCGACUAUGAGGAGGCCGCAGCAGCAAGCUCAUCAUCGGCACCGCCCCCUAAACAGGCGGCUAUCGCUCCCAAAGCGAUUGCUUCAAAGAAGAUGCCGAAGGUGGUUCCCAAGCCCGCCGCAAUCGCCGAAAAAGACGAAAGCAUGGACUUGGAUGAAGCCACCCGCGAGGGUGAGCCUGCUGAUGCUGCUGGUGCAUUCGACCUUGACGAAAACAAAGGCGAUACAACGGAUGCGGGUGAGGAUGAACCUUACCCACUUGGCUCUCACCCAUGCCGCGAGUGCGCAGCAGUCGUUGCCAACGGCAUGCUGUUCUGCCUCCGUUGCAAGGCUCCCCAGACGGAUGACUCUAAGAAGAUCACAAAGCGAGUCUUUGAGAAUUCGAGACUCCGCCAGCGCCUUCUUGCCACCGCUGCGACCGGAGCCCAGAAGCCCAUCGAUGAUCUCCUUGCGAGUGACCUUCGAGGCCUGGGCGAGGGACCAAAGAAACGUGGUCAGAUGAGCGCAGAAGCUGCCGCCAUUCGUGACGCCAAAGACCGAAAGAUCAGGGCCGCCAAGUUGAACUUUGACACCGUGUCCGACCGCUUCGAGAAGGACGCGCAGUUCAACGUGAGGAUGAUGCAAGAGGGCCGCAACCUCGAGGACAUGCAGAAAUUCGAUCACCUGUCGAACGCUGUGCUUCCCGAUCCAGGGCGCAGUGAGGAGCAGCGCUACUUGCGUGCCGGCUCCCAUUAUGGUGGUGGCAAUGUCCCGCCUGCGAAGUUGGUCUAUUAUGCCCACUGCGAAGUGGAGCCGUUGAGGAACUUGCGGUUUAUCGAUGAUACCGCGGAUGUCCCCAUCGGCUUGACCUACCUCGGUGCAUUCCUCCCUCCGCGACUCUAUGCUGAGGUCGCAGCAGUGAAUGACGCUGCAAAAAGGAUCCUGACUUUCGACGGCGAGGUCUACGUGUCGGCUACCACAAUUGAAGGCAUCACAACUGAGAUCGGACAGAUUCUUACCGAUAGCCUCCGUAGUGCUCAGAACCAGACAGACCAAACGGAACGUCUGGCAGAGCGCAAUCGCCAGGCUGCAGUCCAGAACCGCCCAUCCCAAAAGGGACGUGGUCGCACGACAGCACCUGAGCCAAUGUACAGAGGCUAUACUCAGGCCCAGUGGGACGAGUACUAUCGCCAGCGUCGUGGAGGUUACACUCAGGCCGAGUGGGAUGCAUGGAACCGCACCCAUAGGCGCUGA